UUUAGGAAGUUUGAUAUGGGCCCUUGUCUUAUCUUGAAAUCAAUCUUGACCGACAAGCCGUUAUUCCAAAGUCUUAGCCACGUUCUUUUUAAUGCUUUGCUUUUCCUUGAAAAGGUUUCUUUUGUUUUCCAGUUUCAGCAUUUUAUCUCGACAAGCUUUUGUGUGAAUUUUUUCAGCCAUGGACGCCUUUACUCCCGCACAGGCAAGUUGAUAUACAUUCGUACUUCAUAGACUUCACCUAACAUGUUUCGCACCACCAGACUACCGAGCUCGUCUCGCGCAUCGGCGCCAAAAAGGCUCGUAUGAGGAUUGAUAAAAUGUUCAUCAACUCAUUCAUGGGAGGGUGCCUCAUUUCUUUUGGAUGCGCCAUUUCCCUGUCCACGAGUAGCGCGCCAUGGUUUCAAACGAAUGCCCCAGGUCUUAUUCGUACCAUCUCUGCUAUGGUCUUCCCUGUGGGGUUGAUCAUGGUUGUGCUUACCGGAGCGGAUUUGUUUACAAGUUAUUGCAUGUAUAGCGUGGUUGCUUUAUUGCAUCGACGCUGUAGCUUUUUGGAUCUUCUGAAGACUUGGGUCGUCAGUUUCUUUGGAAAUUUAGCAGGAGCAUUGUUUUUGAUGGCCGUUCUUACAGGUUGUAAGUAUCUACUCGGCAUACAGGAGCUUAUGAUUGCAGUAUGCUAAUUUACAACGACAGACGGUGGCACAUUCGAGUCUGGAGCAUACAAAGAUGAAGCCCUUGCUUUUGCAAAGGGAAAAGCAGUUACGCCAGAAUGGCAUCAGAUUUUCCUAAAGGCAAUCAUGUGUACGUUUAUCCUUCCCAGUGUAAAAAUUUAUCGUUAUUCGGAAAUUAGCGAUGAGGAAACCUUUACUUACGAUGAUACACAGGUAACUGGCUGGUCUGCAUGGCCGUCUUCCUCGCUGUUUCUUCCCGCGAAGUGCUCUCCAAGAUCGUUGCAAUGUGGUUCCCAGUGAUGUGUUUCGUUGGAUUGGGAACUGAUCACGUCGUCGCUAACAGUUCGUAUUCCAUUUCCUUGCCAUCUUCCAUUCCGUCAUCUCUUCAAUAUCGCAUGUCGUGCAUAUUGAAGAAAUACGCCAAGCAUGAUGCACCUGCCAAGUCAUUGGCGCCAAUACUAUUAUUUUUAAGCCACUAACGCCUUCACCUCAGUGUAUUUCAUACCUCUCGCCAUCUUCCUCGGAGCACCGCAACCACUCACUGUUAGCUACUACAUCUGGAAGUCGAUGAUUCCUUCUCUACUUGGAAACAUCAUCGGGGGCGGCGUCUUCUGUGGUGGUGUCUACUGGUACCUUUUCCUCGCUGACGAAACUGUCCCCAUUCAUUUCGAUACUGUGGAUGCGAAUACAGCGGUCUAUGAACAGGGAGGUCCGAUUGAAAGACAAGUUACAGCUGAUGGAGCCGGAACGGGUUACGGCAUGGAACAUAAUAAGAACGUAGUUCCUAAUUCGGGAAACAACGGGAGGAGUGGAAUUGCGAAAGAAUUAGAUCUUGGAUUAGUGGAGAGUUUAGGAAGGAAAAGGGAGGGAAGUGAAAGGAGUAGUGGGAGUGUUUAGAUAAUGUUUGCUGUUUAGAGGAAAGUCGACCAGACCGCUGAAAUAGAAGUGGUGCAUUUCGAUGUAAAGGGUUUGAAAGAGUGGGAUGUGAGUGGUGAUACCCCAUAUUUUUUGAUACAUGGAUAAUGGUGUACAUUUAUUUACGUUUACGUUUAGUAUGUGGUGUGUAUAAUGUGGCGUGAUGCGAAGUGGUAAGAUUUAUUACAACAAAUGAUCUGAACUCUUUUUUCGUUCUUCUGUAUAUAUAAUAUGUAUAUUUAUAUGUAUGUAGUAUAUAUUAUGUUUUGUAAUAAUCGAAUGGGUAUUCAUUGAUAGGUAUGUAGACAGACAGACAGAUAGAUAG